AGGUGUCGCCAAUCCCGACACGUGAUCCCGUUUGCCCCUCCCAUUUAACCGCAGAUGGGCAGCAUCUGCGCGUCUGUUUCCGAGGCCCCGCCUCCCGAUGAUGUAACAAUCUCUCCGCGCAUGUUCACAGUCUCCGGGUGGACGGUGUUAUCCUCUCCACUCAGAGCUGAAGUGGGUCGGCUGUGUGAUCGCGAAAGACUUUCGUCUCUUCCGUCGGGAUCACUGUCUGCGGGCCGAAGAUAUCACUUUCCCAUCGUUAGACCUGCAGUGAGAGAUUUAUUGGAAGAAAAACCACGACUGAAGACAUGGGAACAGCAACAAGUGAACAAGCCCGAGAACUGAGAGCAUAAACUGUAGAGAACCCAUCUGACUCAGGGUUUCCAUUGAUUCAGUCAGGAGAAAGUCUGGUUAAAAAUGACAAAGAAUUAAUCUAUGGGAAUCUCGAACACCACACACCAGUUUUGCUGUCUCUAUCCAGAUAUUUAAGAAGUGGAACAAAGGAUUUCCUCGAUCAUCCUUCCUGCUCAGACUGUGGGGAGGGAUUCACUCAAUCAUCUGACUGACUGGCACGCCUGACAUUUUAAACAAGGGAGGAAACCCAUUCAUCUGAAGGGACAUCACCAAGUUGACACUGUGACGAGGCCAUUCACCUACUCUGUGAGUGAGAAGGGAUUCAGUCGGUCUUCCCACCUGUGGACACACCAGUCAGUUCACACUGGGCAGAGGCUGGUCAUCUGCUGUAUUUGUGGGGAAGGAUUCACUCGGUCAUCUGACCUCAUGGCUCACCAGCGAGUUCACACUCGGGAGCGGCUGUUCACCUGCUCAGAAUGUGGGAAGGGAUUCACUCGGUCAUCCGACCUACUGGGACAUAAGUUUGUUCACACUGGGGAGAGGCCGUUCCUCUGCUCAUCCUGUGGGAAGGGAUUCAUUUCAUCAUCCAACCUGAAGGUACAUGAGCGAGUUCACACUGGGGAGAAGCCAUACACCUGCUCAGUCUGUGGGAAGAGAUUCACUUGCUCAUCGGAACUGAAGGUACAUCAGCGAAUUCACACUGGGGAGCGGCCGUUCACCUGCUCAGACUGUGGGAAGGGCUUCACUCAGUCAUAUCAGCUGAAGGUACAUCAGAGAGUUCACACUGGAGAGAGGCCAUUCACCUGCUCAGACUGUGGGAAGGGCUUCACUCGGUCAAUCGACCUCCUGGGACACAAGUUGGUUCACACUCAGGAGAGGCCGUUCAUCUGCACAGACUGUGGGAAGGGAUUCACUGCGUCAUCUCAUCUGCAGAGACACCAGCGAGUUCACACCGGGGAGAGGCCAUUCACCUGCUCAGAAUGUGGGAAGGGAUUCAGUCGAUCAUGUCAACUACAGACACACCGGCAAGUUCACACUGGCGAGAGGCCGUUCAUCUGCUCGGAAUGUUCAAAGGGAUUCACUCAGGCAUCUCACCUACUGAGACACCAGCGAGUUCACACUGGAGAGAGGCCAUUCACCUGCUCAGACUGUGGGAAGGGAUUCAUUUGCUCAUCCCAACUGAAGGGACAUCAGCGAGUUCACACUGGAGAGAACCCAUUCACCUGCUCAGACUGUGGGAAGGGAUUCACUUGCUUAUCCCAAAUGAAGGUACAUCAGCGAGUUCACACUGGAGAGAGGCCGUUCACCUGCUCAGACUGUGGAAAGGGAUUCACUCGGUCAUCCCAUCUGAAGGAACAUCAGCGAAUUCACAUUCGGGACAGGCCAUUCACCUGCUCAGACUGUGGGAAGGGAUUCACUCAGUCACACGAAUUACUGAUACACAAGUCAGUUCAUACUGGGGAGUGGCCAUUCACCUGCUCAGACUGUGGGAAGGGAUUCACUCUGUCACACGCACUACUGGUACACCAGUCAGUUCACACUGAGGAGAGGCCGUUCAACUGCUCAGUCUGUGGGAAGGGAUUCACUUGCUCAUCCCAAAUGAAGGUACAUCAGCGAGUUCACACUGGAGAGAGGCCGUUCAUCUGCUCAGUCUGUGGGAAAGGAUGCACUAGUUCAUCCCAACUGAAGGUACAUCAACGAAUUCACACUGGGGAGAAACCGUUUACCUGCUCAGACUGUGGGAAGGGAUUCACUUGUUCAUCCCAACUGAAGGUACAUCAGCGAAUUCACACUGGGGAGAAGCCAUUUACCUGCUCAGACUGUGGGAAGGGAUUCACUAGUUCAUCCCAACUGAAGGUACAUCAGCGAAUUCACACUGGGGAGAAGCCAUUUACCUGCUCAGAAUGUGGGAAGGGAUUCACUUGUUCACCCCAACUGAAGGUACAUCAGCGAAUUCACACUGGGGAAAAGCCGUUUACCUGCUCAGACUGUGGGAAGCGAUUCACUCAGUCAUUUCAACUACAGAGACACCAGCGAGUUCAUACUGAUUAGAGGCUGAUCAACUGAUCAGACUUUGGGAAAAGUUUCUCUCGGCCAAAUCAACCAAAUUGUGCAUCAUUGAGUUCAUACUAGGAAGAGGCAGUUCACCUGCUGUGAAUGUGGAAAGGGAUUCAUUCACUUAUCUAUCCUUAUGACACACUACCUGGUUCACAAUGGGAAGAGGCGAAUCAGCUGCUGUGAACGUGGAAAUGGAGUCAUUCAUCUAACCUGAUGUAAAUCUCGCUUCGGCUAGCAGCUUAAUAUAUGGGGGUGAUAGCCACUCAGCCCGGUCAAACAUAAGAAAUCUCGUUUGGGUGGAUGCUGUGUGGUGUGUCCCAUGUUAUAACUAAGUACCCUGAAAUAACAAAUGAUACACAAUAUGUGAUUUAAUGAUUGAUCUUUAUAAUUCAUUCUUUGACUAUAGGGUUAGUAAAGAAAUCAAAAGAAAAAAGGGCCCCCUCUCUCCGUUCACAUCUUCUCAUCUCUCCCCGGCAAAAAACACAAUAAUCUCUCUUCCAGACUCACAAGAAAAAAAAAAAAUUCUGCCAUCGGAAAGCCUUGCACUCCAAAACCCUGUUAUCACUAGUCAUAACCUAAAUAUUGCUGCUACAGAGAAACCAUUACAUCAGCAGUGAAACCUUACAGCGUGUUACACUUGUGACAGACUAGCGGGUUCACACUGGGGAGAAAGUUUCAAUAAGCUUCAUGCUGGAUAUUUGUCCAUCACCAUUGCUGAAUGCUAUUUUGAGAGUGACUGUAAGUGCUGAACUCUGCGAUUAUUGCUGCUGCUCACCACACCCGGUUCUGCACCCUGGUCACUGGGCAUGGGAGGAGAUUCUCCUGCUGCGCAUUCAACUUUACUGGGACAGGAGUUUAAUAUUCUGCAUCUGAGACAAAUAAAUCUGUUCCAUUUUAAACCCUGUCCUUGGUACUUACUGAAUUUACAUUACACCUAUUGUACAGUAGAGAGUCACCUCAGGCUGGCUGAACCCUGCCAGUGAUUCUGUUCCAGGACAGUCCUCUUAAAUCUUCCCCUGUUGUUCACCUCUUCCUCUGUCUGUAGUGAUGGGUUCCAAACAGUCGCCAAUCUGUUUGUGAAGAGGUUUCCCUUGAAUUCUCUGCAGACUGAAGAAGUUAAGCUGACUGCAGUUCUGUCUGAGAUGUUCUUUACCCCUGAAAUCUCUGGACAGAGGAAGAAUUAAUUUUGGAGUUACCCUCCUUACUCAUGGCUCAUUACCACAUUAUUGGUCAUUUUCUCUGCUUCUAAAGGGUUGUUAGAAAACACCACUGUCUUCCAAAGACUGAAAGCAGAAUGGUAAACCAUUAGCAGGAUGUUCAAUGGAGCAGGGUCAGAAACCAGAGACAAAUCUGCACAGGGCAGAGUUUGGAGCUCUGGAAGAUGGUUGGGGUAAGAACAUAUGAUGAGGAGAAGGGAAUCAGCAGUGGGGUAUGGCAACAAAUGACAGAGUAGCAACAUUUGGAAGCAGAUUGAUGGAGAAAAUCUUUUGGUGGUUUGACUGAUAACAAACUAUACCCGUGUGACAUCUAUGUGUUUGGAAUGGUUUCAAUUAUUGAGGGUGUUGUUCCUGCUUGUUUAUCCUGUAAUAUUAUGUCUGGAUAGUUAUUAUAGAUUGUCCUAUCUGUAACAAUGUAUUGAUUAUCAUAUCAUUUGUAAGAUUUUGACUUUAAAACUGGAUCAGGCUUGAACUUACAGGCUUGUCUGAAGUGAUGGAGGGCAAUCAUGAGUCAGUAUUUUAAAGCAAGAAUUUGGUGAAUGAUAUUUUAUCUUUAUAAGUAAUCAGUUUGAGUUAAAUUCCUGCUGGAUCCUGGAAUGUGUUGGAUUGUGUCUGGUUUCUCUUGGCAUUUCCAGCACUUACUGCUUUCAAUACAAACAAUAUUGUAUGUAUUUUUGAUUUUAUUUUCCCCUUUUGUUAACCAGCUUGUCUUGUAUUCCUGCAAGGAACCCCUCUGUUUCUGGUAAGAGGAGUCCAACUGUCAGUCAGGUGCUCGAUGCUUCCUUGUCAACAUCUCAUCUGCUGAGAUUGUUGCGAUGCCAUACUCAUACCACCUGCUAAUGAUUUCUUCCAGAGUGAUGAUUUAUUUUUCUGAGUUGGCCUCUCAGUUAAUUUUUCUGAUCUGUAUUCCGUAUCACAACUGUAUAUACACACAUGGAGUGCUGAAUCCAGUUCAUUUUUCUUGAAAAUAUAGAAGUUUUAUCUGACUGUUGUGUGAUCUUUCCUCGUGUGUUAUUCCUGUUCCUCCUUCUGUCCAGGGUCGUGUUAAUCUAAGUGAGUUUCAGUGUAAAUACUCUUUUCUAAAGCUUUCUAAAGUUCUUAUUUACCUUUGUAAGUUGUACUGAUUGAAAUGGGACAAAUAUAUUUUUCUUAUUAAUAAGUCAAUGCCGGUAUUGAAGAAAGUGUUUAUUGCCUUUGUUGUAUUUGUUAACUAGUGAGCUCUGUUUGACAAGACUUCUUAAGGUGUGAACUACAUUUUUUCAAAGGUUUUCCCUAUUCCGCACUACUUUCUAUUUUCUUUGCUUGUUGAUAUUCCAGAGAUGUGGGUAUCAAGAGUCCUGGUGAAGGGUCUUGGCCCGAAAUGUUGAUUCCCAUCCAUAGAUGCUGCCUGACAUGCUGAGCUCCUCCAGCACUUUGUGUGUAGUUCUCUAGAUUUCUAGCAUCUGCAGGUCCUCUUGUUUCUCAGAUACUUAUAUAUUUAUUGAAAGAACAAGACAAGAACAAGCUGGUAGUGGGGUUGUGUGGCUCUGUUGGUAAAAUAUUAGAUACAAUCAUUAGAAAGUGGUGGCAAAGGGUUGGAAGUUGUAGAAUUAAAGAGCAGCAAAUGUAAAAAAAAAAUCCCUAAUGGGAAUUGUACAGAGACCUUCAAACAGUAGUAAGAAUGAGGUCCUGAAAUUACAAUGGGAGAUAGAAAAUGCGUGCCAAAGGGCAAUGUUACAAUUGUCAUAGGGGAUUGUCAUGCAGGUGAUUAGGAAAAUCGGGAUGGUGUUGGUUUGAAGAGGAGGAAUUCCUAGAAUGCCUACAAGAUGCUUCUUAGAGCAGCUCGUGGUUGAGCCCAGUUAGGGAUCAGCUAUUCAGGAUUGGGUGUUGUAAUGAACCGGAAUUAAUUAGGUCACUGAAUUUCAAAGAACUUUCAGGGGUAAAUGAUCUUAAUGUGAUCAAAUUCACCCCAACAUUAGAGAAGGAGAAGUUAAAGUCAAAUGUGGAAUAAAAAGAAUUAGAGAGGCAUGAGAGAAAAAUUGGUCAAAAUUGAUUUAAAAAGAACACGGGUAGGGAGAAAACAGUGCAGCAAUGGCUGGAAUUUUUGGAAGUAAUUUGGAAGGCAUAGGAUAUACAUAUGCAAAAGUUUGGGCACCCCGGUCAAAAUUUCUGUUACUGUAAAAUAGCUAAGCGAGUAAAAGAUGACCUGAUUAGAAAAGGCAUAAAGUUAAAGAUGACACAUUUCUUUAAUAUUUUAAGCAAGAUUACAUUUUAUUUCCAUCUUGUGGUGAACUACAUGUACCUGUCUGGACAUGCCCCCCCCCCCCCCCCCGCUGAUUGUUCCUGUGGCUCCUCCCACAGACCCCGGUAUAAGGGAUUGAGGCCUGAGCCCUGGCCUCAGUCUCCAGGAUGUAACAUGGUGGUUAAUUGCUUCUUGUUCUUUCUUCCAGUCAAUAAAAGCCGAUAUCUCGC